UGCACUCUUGCUCAGAAAAAUAAACCAUGGAGGCUCUCAGACUAGAAGCUGGAGCAUUAGGGUCCCUCUCAGGGGGUUCCACCCCGCUCAAGGCCCUUCUCCCUGGGGCAGAGGGCUUCGUCCUUCCCCCUGGAGAUCCAGAGCUGUGCCGGGAGCAUGGAGAGAAGUUUACCUUGUUCUGUGUGGAUGACCUGGAGCCAGUGUGCAGUCAGUGUGGACUGACUGAGACCCACGAGGGGCACAGAGUCUACCCCAUAACGGAGGCUGUACCUGACUGUAAGGGGGAGCUGAACACUUCACUGGGGAAGCUGCUAGGGAAGAGCAGGAGGUUUGAGAAGGUUACGCGGAUCUUUGAACACGCCUCCCAACACAACCAGAGCCAUGCCCAGCAGACAGAGAGACAGAUAAAGGAGGAGUUUGAGAAGCUGCACCAGUUCCUGAGAGAGGAGGAGGGGGCCAGGCUAGCAAGGCUGAGGGAGGAAGAGGAGGAGAGGAAUAGAGUGAUGAAGGAGAAGAGAGAGAGAAUGGGAAAAGAGAUGGAGCUGCUGGCUAAAACCAUCCGAGAGAUCGAGGAAGAGAUGAAGGAAGACAGGGAUGACAUCGCCUUUCUGCAGAAUUACCAGGAGACAGUAAAGAGGACGUGGCAGAGUCAUGGGGAGCCAGAGGAGGUGUGUGGUCCUCUGAUAGACGUGUCUAAACACCUGACCAACCUCCGCUACACCGUCUGGAACGACAUGCUGCACAUAACCCCUUACACUCCAGUAACCCUGGACCCGACCACGUCCUGCCCAUCUCUGGUCCUCUCCCCUGGGCUAACCUCUGUCCAGCUGGGAAAGGAGAGGAUCCAGAUCCAGCCCGCUAACCCGGAGAGAUUUGACCCGAUCAACUGCACUCUGGGCUGGGAAGGAUUCAGCGCCGGCACCCACUGCUGGACAGUGGAGGUUGGAGAGAGCAGCAACUGGACAGUUGGUGUGGCCAGCCAAUCGGUGCGUAGGAGGGAGGAGUUUGAGGCGUGUCCGGAGGAGGGGCUAUGGACCCUCAGCCUACGGAAUGGGACGUACCGUGCCAUGACCACACCCUGUACCACCCUCCCUCUGGACUGGUCCCACCCCUUUCACAGGAUCAAGAUGUUUCUGGACUGGGAGGAGGGUCAGGUGGAAUUCUGGGACGCGAUGAGGGACAAACUCCUGUUCACCUUCACGCACCGCUUCACAGAGACGCUGUAUCCGUACUUCGAGAGCAGCUGUUCUAAGUGCUGGCUAGUGGUGUUACCCCAGAGAGUGUAUGUGGAGGUAAAGCUAGAUCCUAUCCCUGAGGAUGACGAUGGAGACCAGAUCCCACACGACGGAUCAUCCAAUGAGGGAGAGGAUACCAAGAUUAGAUCCACUGACGACAGCAAGCUGACAGAAACCGGAUCCCCUGUCGAAGCCCAGAUCUCAAUGACCGGAUCUCCCAAGAUCUCAACCACUGACCAGAACCACGAGACAAGAUCCCCUGACAAAACGUCAAACACCGGAUCCGCUCAAAUGAUGGGCCGGAUCCCAAAGACUAAAUCCACCGGAAAGGGAAAGGGCAAGAUCCCACACACUGGAUCCGCUGUUCAGAAGCAGAUUACCAACACCAGAUCCAAUGGAAGCUACCACAUCACAAAGGAUAGGCCGCUAGUCCAGGUCAGGAGGACAGGAUCCACUGAAUGAUCCACUGAGAGAUCCACUGAGA